GUAAAGUGAUAGAGCUGCUUUGUAGACACGCACAGCAACUCCAGAAGAACACUCAGUCUCACCUCUCCCCCUCCUUUUGCACCAGUUGCUGUUUCUCGCAAUCACAGUCUCAAUUAAUCGGGGAUUCCUCUGCAACACCCUAAGUUUUUCAUCUUCUCUCUCCUCCGCAAUCUCAAAUGUUCAAAAAGUUCACUUCUGAAGAUGUCUCAGCCCAAAAUCAAGUCAAGGCAUCUGUGCAAAGGAGAAUUCGUCAAAGUAUAGCUGAAGAGUAUCCUGGACUUGAACCGGUUUUGGAAGAUUUGCUGCCAAAGAAGUCACCCCUUGUAGUUGUGAAAUGUCAGAAUCAUUUAAAUCUUGUUGUAGUCAAUAAUGUCCCAUUGUUCUUCAAUAUCCGUGAUGGACCUUAUAUGCCAACUCUACGACUUCUUCAUCAAUAUCCUAAUAUAAUGAAGAAGUUUCAAGUAGAUAGGGGUGCUAUUAAAUUCGUUUUUUCUGGUGCUAAUAUCAUGUGUCCUGGUCUUACAUCACCUGGUGGUGUGCUAGAUGAAGAAGUUGGGAGCGAGAGGCCUGUGGCCAUAAUGGCUGAAGGAAAGCAGCAUGCUCUUGCUAUUGGCUUCACAAAAAUGUCCGCAAAAGAUAUAAAAACUAUCAACAAGGGCAUUGGUGUAGACAACUUGCAUUAUCUCAAUGAUGGCCUAUGGAAGAUGGAGUGCUUAGAUUGAUGGUUUGAAGAGUGGUCAGCAAUUCUAAAAUCCAUGCCUUGCUGUUCGCUUGGGCAUUUACCCUUUUCCCUUGCUUUUACGUUUGAGAGGAUAAAAUUUUCCAUGAUCUUGUUGCGGCAUUUUGUCAUGUGUAGUCCAUUUAAAUAGUUAGCUUCUGUUGCUCAAAUCUGUAUCCUAUCACUAAAUAAUCGAUGAUGAUAAGCAGAUUAAUUUAUUUGUCUCUUUUUUACGGAAUUUGAAACAUCUAUUAAGUGAAUGCUAUAUACCACAGUAUCGGACUUGAUAUUA